AUGAAAGCGUUCUUUAUUGCCAUUGCUUUGGCAUGCAUCGUGCAUAAUUCAACUGCUCAAACCUUAACAACGAUCGCUGUUCCGCCAUCAGCUCCGACGCAGGCUGUUACUGUGGAUCCAUCGCUUCUUAGUGUCUCUAUCGAAUUUUUUGCAUUCCCAGGAUACACUGAAUUGAGUGGUACUACAACAUGCCUAGCAAACAUCCAGGAGCUGAGAGGUGCACCUCCCGCGGUCAGAAUCGGUGGAACGACACAAGAUCGCGCUACAUACGAUGCAUCUCUUACUGAAGCUGUCAAUUAUACAGUUGCAUCACCGGCUGAUGCACCAUUGUCCCUCACGUUUGGAUCUUCAUUUUUCACUCUUGCCAAUGAGCUACCGGGAGAUGUGACUAUCGGCCUCAAUCGACAACUCAAUAACAUUGUCAAUACUCGUACAGCUGCAGAGGAAGCUAUUCGGCGUGUGGAAGGCUUGUUGGCUGUUGAAUUAGGAAAUGAGCCUGACUUAUAUUCAAGCAGCUCACCUAUUGCUAAUGGAGCUUCUUGGUCUCCGACAACAGAUGGGGCUAGCCAAAAGACUUGGUUCACAAGUUUGUCAUUGUCGGUCGGGGACUUUUUUCAGGGCGCUGUCUACCUGAGCUAUCCGUCUUGGUCGACAGCAGGAUUAAUUCCUAAGCUGGGAAGUGCGAUUGAAUUCGUAAAGACAUUCUCGGGCCACUCUUAUCCGCAGUCAGCUUGCGGUGGUGCAUCGACAGAUCUUCCUAGCUUAAUGAGCCAUUCAGAUAUUGUGUCGUACACAAGCAAAUAUACUGCAGAAGCCCGCGCCGCUCAUGCACAAGGGAAAAAGUAUUUCCUCGGCGAGACCAACUCUGCUACAUGUGGCGGGGGCGGGAUUAGCCCCACAUUCGGUGCGGGUCUUUGGGUGAUGGAUUACGUUCUUCAGGGUGCUCUCGCCGGGGUCGAUCGUUUGUACUUCCAUCAAGGUACUAUCGGAAAUUGCGCCUAUUGCUUCUGGGGUAGCUCGAGUGUUGCUGCACCUUACUAUGGUGCAUACUUCGUUUCUGAGUUCCUUGGCGCUUCUUCUUCGACUCGUCUCGUUAUGCUUGACACCGGAACUUCUGCUAUCGGCGUUUAUGCAGUCUUCCCCGGCACAUCUAGUCUCCCCUCUCGCAUCCUCCUUUAUAACUCGGCUUAUUAUUCUGGCUCUGGAUCGCGUAGUACCGCAAGCAUUACGCUGACUGGACUCAGCCGGAACUCACCCUCAGUACAGACGAAACGCCUAACUGCUCCUAGUGCGACGUCUUUGUCGGGUAACGACGUAACCAUUGGAGAAAGCGGUACCUUCGACUCGACUUGUACGCCUGUCGGAACUCAGCAGAAGGAAAGCUUGCAAGUUAGCGGUGGGAGGGUGGUGACUCGCUGCGACUUAUCCGCUUAG